CGUGAAUCGGGACGGUCGCAGCAGCUCUGUAGCUCCGUCGAAUUUUGUGUAUAAUAUUUGAAUUAUAGUUAAAGCGCGCAACCGGUUCUCAGUGCUGAAAACGGGAUUUUAGCUCAAUACUAAACAAAGGCCACUUCGACCCACUGUAUAUACGAUGGGCACCAAGAUUGAGUACGUGGACACCACGCAUCUGUAUGCAUCAAAAUAUGUGCGCAACUCCAAGGCAAUUGGCGUGCUCUGGGCCAUAUUCACUAUUUGUUAUGCCAUCAUUGGCAUUGUGGCACUUGUUACGCCAGAAUGGAUCGGAGAUCCGGAUAGCGAGAGUAUUGGACGCUUGGGACUUUGGCAGCAGUGUCAGCGCGAUGAGAUCUUUGACAACUGCCGCAGACGCUGGGAGAAUAUUCUGGCCGUGCCCACAUUUUCAUUUCAGCUGGCCACCUGUUUUAUGAUUGCCGCUGUGGGCUUGGCCCUCAUGACCAUAUUCUUUCUGGUCUGUUUGCUGUUUAUGAGAUCAACGCGCGUGUUUUACAUAUGCGGCUGGUUGCAGAUAAUUUCAGCACUUUGCAUGAUAGUGGCCUGUGCUGCAUUUCCAUUUGGUUGGAAUUCGGAUGAUUUUCGCAAGAUCUGUGGACCCGAAGCGAAUCGCUUUGAGCUGGGCUUAUGCAGCAUGCGCUGGGCAUAUCCUUUGGCCAUCAUUGGCUGCGUAGAUGGCGUAGUCUUGGCUACAUUGGCAUUUAUUUUGGCCACACGACAUGUGCGUCUGCAGCCAGAUCCGAUUUAUCAGAAUUCGCUUUACAAAGGUGAAAUCAACAAUGCUUAUCUGACAGACGCCAUUAGCUUGGCAGGCUCACGUAAAUCGAAUCCACAUAUAACAGGACUAAAUUUACAACCCAUACUGCUGGUGGCGCCACCAAAUGAGGAUAGCAUUUCGCAGUUCUCACGUUAUCACUAAAAGCUGCAUCGUGUCGUGUCUGCCUUGGCAUUUACUAUUGUCCACAAAAAGCUUUAGUUUGCAGCAUAAGUCGUUAAAGUGUUUAAGUAUGCCGCCAAACUUGCAGCUGUUAACAGCUGUGGUUAUCGAUAAGUCGCAGUUAUCGUUUGAAUGCGCACUUAGCAGCAACAGCAACCAACCGCAGCCAACCGUUUGAGGUGUGUGUCCAAACUAAAUUUUUGUACUUGCCGUUGCUGUUAUUUAAUAUAAUUGCAAUUAACGCUUUAGUUUGAGUUUAAAUAAGUAAUUUGCGUGCUUGUCUGUGUAUUUGUCUGCAUGUAUUUGUAUUUGAGAGUGUUUGUAUUUUAUUGUCGGACUGAAUGUGUAAUCUUGAUUUUAAGUCUAUUUAAUAACGUGUGUGUAUAGCUUGUGCCUAAAUUUGUAGCUUAAGUGUGCUGUC